AUGUCGGAAAUGGUCGAACGCCAAGCACUCGGCGAUUUGUCGAAUGGCGCAAACCAUACAGCGCAAAAUGGUUCACAACAAAAUGGCGAUGCGGAGAAGCAAAACACAGGCAAAUUGAAGGAAGCCAAGGAAAAGCUUACCUCCAAACAACAAAAGUUGAAAGACAAGAAUAAUCCUCCUGGUGGUUUUGAUGCCACGCCAAUUCCUUCUGCCCGGGAUGGUUAUACUGUGCGAUUUACACUCCACCGAGCCGAGAAUCUUCCUGCGUCGGAUCUCAAUUCUCGGUCGUCGGAUCCUUACGUUCUCGCAACAUUGACUUCCUCCCUCUCGAAACGACACAAGGAGGAUCCCGAUCUCGUUCUGCGAACACAAACUAUACAUAAAAACACAAACCCGGAAUGGAAUAAGACGUGGACGGUAGCGGGGAUCCCUGGAAGUGGUUUCCGCUUAAAAUGCCGUCUAUAUGAUGAAGACACCGCAGAUCAUGAUGAUCGUUUGGGCAACGUUACAAUCUAUGUGGAAGCCAUGAGCCCAAACUGGGAGGGCUUCUCAGAGAAAGCGUUUGAUAUCAAGAAGAGGGUGGGUAGCAAGAGAGCAUAUGGCGUACGAGCUUGCGCUGCCAUGUUUGAUAGGAACGUACAUAUGGAUGGGACACUCUACGUCAGCGCGGAAUGCUUGGGGCCAUCCGAGAAACCAUACGGCAGGAUGUAUACCGUGGCGGAAACAUAUUUCUUCAAGCAUUAUUCACCCAUGAUUGGAAGACUCGCGGGGACGAAAGCUCCUGGAAGUUCUUCAGAGGGGAAAAUCGCAACCGAAAACUAUGAUUUCCAAGCAAAUCAGAUGCAACUUCAAGGUCCAGUACCCGCGGAGCUAUACCAUCGCUUUGUCGAAUUUAAGCCCUUCGUCAAGGGAAUGUUUUCAAAAGCCGGUCUCCGAGGACGAGUCUUGAAUAAAGCCCUUCACCAUCAACACGCCCGUGUAUAUAAUUUCAGCAAUAGUACCGAAUACGGUGUAUUCAAACCCCGAUCCGAAGAGGCUGCUUUGCAAUUCCUCAAGAUGGUACAUUUUGACGAGGGGGGCAGGAUCUUCACCUAUGUGCUUUCACUAGAUGGACUUCUUCGUUUUACCGAAACUGGUAAGGAGUUUGGAGUGGAUCUUUUGUCGAAACACACCAUGCACAGUAAUGUGAACAUCUACAUCGCAUGCUCGGGAGAAUUCUUCAUCCGUCGCUUGAAGCACCCACAUCGAUCGACCGAUGACCCCAGCCAAACCAGUCACCCCAUUGAAGACCUUCCCGGUGGACCACCGCACGACUCCCCUCCCAAAGAUCCUAGUUAUUACGAACUAGUAAUCGAUAAUGACAGUGGUACUUACCGACCCAAAGGCGAUCUCCUUCCCCUCCUCCAAAGAUUCCUCCAUGAAAAUCUCCCCGGCCUCCACAUCAUUACCAAAGAAUGCACCGAUGAUCAUCUGCAGAAGAUGAAGCAAGGACAACGAGAGAGAAAGAAGAAGGAAGGAAACGAAAUCCACAUGGUGCAGAAUUCCGACGACGAGAUUAGUAGCAGCGACGAGGAGGAUUUGGAAAAUUUGGCGGCUUCGGGGCGCAAGGGCAAGAGCAAGAAGGAGAGACUUCUCAAUGGGCUCGAAGAUCCUUCGCAAGCUUUGAAGGAUGCAAGGAAGGAUUUUAUGCCUGGCAAAGAGAGAGUGAAGAGGGAGGAGAAUGAAGAUAUGCCCGAGGCAGCGUAG